AUGUACUGCCGGUUGCCACAGUGGGGAGGAGAGGGUCGACGGCGCUCGCUCCGGGCUCUGCUCUUUUUCUGCGCUCUGCUGGCUUUUUCCAGUGUGACCGCUCAACUAGUGUCGGCAUCACACGCCAAUGAACACUCUGUCUCGGCGACAGAGUCAGUCGUCACUGAAGCUGAAGGGGCAACGCACCAAGAAGAAGCGGCGGAAGAGCGCGCUGACUCGUGGGACGAUGCCGUCGAAAACCCUGAUGCUUUGGCGACUGCGUUGAUGCAGCGGAUACAAGAACUCUACCUUGAAGGUUUCAGGCUCAUUGCCUCAGCAAAGGGUCAUGCCGCUGCUUUCACAGACGAGCUACAAGCACAUCUACAUAAGUCUCGGCAGGGCGCUUCGUCCGAAAACCCACUACAGAUCCGCAGCCUUGGUGGUAUACAACUGUCGUGGCUCGAGGCAGACAAAACUCGCAGAGAAGCUCGAGUUGUGUUGAAGAAGCUGAUGGCCCUGUUGGGGCAGCUUAAAGCGGUUGCGAAGAGCGUGGGAGUAGCACUUCAAACCACAGUGAAUCAUGCGGUCCGACAGGGGCAAAGCCUCUAUGGAAUUCUUUCGAAAACCUUGACGAAAGACGAAAAGCGAGGUGAAGCAGACCUGUCGAUCCAGAUGGAGCUAAGGAAGGGCUCUUUUUGA